UCUAGCUAGUGUUCUGUGUUGACGUACCUACGUAAGUUGCAAAAACCGGUGCAAGUGUAAUAAAUAUUCUUAACACAGUUCAUUAUUUUUGUAGAACUAUGAGUAAAAGAACUUCAGAAACGGUAACGCAAAGCGUUAUAGAAAAGAAAUCGAAAUCCUGGAGUUUGGGUUUAGUGAACUCGAUGAUUAAUCCAGACUAUAUAAUCAAACAGACUGAUCGUAUUGUUGUGAUUCGGGAUAAGUACCCUAAAGCCAAGAUACACUACCUGGUACUUCCACGGGAAGACAUCAGUAGUAUUCAUAAGCUUAAUAGUAGUCAUAUAGAUCUUCUAAAUGAGUUUGGAUUGUUAUUUGAGCAGUUAAAAGAUCAGCAUCAGGAAUUCACGUUGCAAGCAGGUUUCCAUGCAGUUCCGAGCUUGCAACGUCUCCAUAUGCACGUCAUAAGCAAAGAUAUGAUCUCAACUUGGCUUAAAACUAAAGCACAUUGGAAUAGCUUCAACACUAGUUUCUUCUUACCCUACACAGAUGUAAUAAAAGAACUACAAAAUAAAGGAACUAUAACAAAGAUAGGUCCAGAGAAACACAAAGACCUACUAGCCACACCACUAAAAUGCAACCAGUGCAGUUAUGUUCCAAAAAAUCUUCCCAAGUUAAAGGAACAUUUAUUAAGUCAUCAAUAACAGUAAUGGAUUAAACUUCACUUGUAAUUACCCCACCUACCAGUCUACCUCUCCAUCUCCAAUAUUUAAAAAUAAAACCUCAUUUAACAUU